AUGGCUGGAUCAUUGAAGCUGUAUGUAUUUGGGGAUGAGACCGGGGACUUCGCAGAGUCACUACAAAGGCUGUGUGAGCGAAGGAAGGAAGUUCUUUUCCUACAUUUCUUAGAAGAGCUUAACAAGGUUCUGAGAGAUGAGAUACGCCGACAGCCUCGCGACGUACGCGUGCAGAUUCCAGAAUUCACAGAUGUGCUGGAUCUUGUCAGACGAUACCGUUACUCGGGAUCCCACAAUCAGAUCCUCGAGACUACUCUGACCUGCGUGUGCCAAUUGGCGACUGUCAUCAGCUUUUUUGGCAACAAAACAUCUCAAUACUUUUCUCAGUCCGACAGUGCCUUCGUUGGAUUCUGUACUGGUUUGUUGUCGGCCUCUUCAGUCGCUACCAGUCGAGACACGUUACAGUUAAUCUCUAAUGCUUUGACAACCGUCAGAGUAGCUUUCCGGAUUGGCGUCAAGGUUAAUGGAGCUGCUCAACGAUUGUCGAAGCAUGGCGAUACUGCUGCCGCUCAGAGCUGGACAACACUCAUAAUAGGGGCUCAGAAAGAGGCCUCGAUAGCGGCACUGGCAAAAUUCAACGAAUCGAAGGGUGUUCCAAAGGCUAAUCAGGCUUACAUAAGUGCGAGCAGUAAAGAUGUGGUUUCGAUUAGUGGGCCCCCGGAAACGACUGCCUCUCUACUUCAGCAUUCAGAAUACCUUCAGAAGUUCAGGACAGUCUCGCUUGACAUAUUUGCACCUUUCCAUGCACCGCAUUUAUACAGUGAUGACGAUGUUGCGGAAGUGUUGCAACCGUUCUCUGACAAGGAUGAGAAGAGGAAGUUCUUCAUCCCCGUCAUCUCAGGUGUCGGAACUCGAUACUCUCAAGAUUUGCAUGUUGAUACUCUUAUGGUAGAGGUCGUGAGAGAUAUUUUGAUCCGACCGCUCUCAUUUGAGAAUGUCAUGAACACAGUCACAGGAACAAUGACAGCAUCGCCACAUAAAGAUUGCCAAAUCUUCUCUGUUGGGCCGUCUCAAUCGAUCAACAGUCUUGCAUCAACUCUGAGAGCGGAGACCUCUGUAAAUGUGACAACAGAAGGACAACUUCACACGGAAAAACCCGACUAUGAGCCUUUGAACGGAGCUCAAAAGAUUGCGAUCGUUGGAAUGUCAGGUCGCUUCCCCAACUCAGACGAUCUUGAAAGCUUCUGGAGUACAUUACAGCAAGGACUGGACGUACAUCGACGGGUUCCUCCGGACCGUUUUGACAUCGAUGCACACUACGAUCCCACUGGGAAAAAACUCAAUUCUACUCAUACUCCGUAUGGAUGCUUCAUCGAAAACCCAGGUCUAUUCGACCCACGUUUCUUCAAUAUGUCCCAACGGGAAGCCUACCAAACAGAUCCUAUGGGAAGACUUGCACUAGUGACAGCAUAUGAAGCUCUCGAAAUGUCAGGGUUUGUGCCUGACAGAACACCGUCUUCAAUGUUGAAUCGAAUUGGUACCUUUUAUGGACAAACAAGUGAUGAUUGGCGGACACUCAACGCUGCAGAGAAGAUUGAUAUGUACUAUAUCCCAGGAACGAUUCGAGCUUUUGCCACUGGUCGAAUCAACUAUCAUUUCAAGUUCACAGGACCAAGUUACAACAUUGACACAGCCUGUUCGUCCAGCUUUGCUGCAAUUCAACUGGCGUGUACGUCAUUAUUGGCAAAGGAAUGCGAUACUGCUCUGGCCGGAGGACUCAAUGUCAUGACAUCGCCAGAUCUCUUUGCAGGUUUGAGUCGCGCACACUUUUUGUCCAAAACCGGAUCUUGCAAAACUUUUGAUGAUGGUGCUGAUGGCUUCUGUCGUGGCGACGGAGUUGGUACAGUUGUACUAAAGAGGCUAGAAGAUGCCGAGGCUGACAACGAUCCAAUUUUGGCUGUCGUUCUAGGCACGGCAACAAAUCAUUCCUCUGAGGCAGUCUCAAUCACCCGACCUCAUGGACCAGCCCAGGAAUUUCUUUACAGAAAGAUCCUGAAGCAUACAGGUGUGGACCCUGUUGAUGUCAGUUACGUUGAGAUGCACGGCACAGGAACGCAGGCCGGUGAUGGAACUGAAAUGAAGUCUAUUACAAAUGUUUUUGCUCCACGAGACCAAGGUCGCCGCAAACCAGAUCAACUAAUCCAUCUCGGCGCACUCAAGUCAAACAUUGGUCAUGGUGAAGCUUCUGCCGGCGUGGCAUCUCUGAUUAAAACUGUCAUUAUGAUGCAAAAGAAUGCUAUUCCUGCCCAUGUUGGCAUCAAGACCACCAUGAAUAAAACGUUCCCUCAUGACCUGAACGAACGAGGUGUUCGAAUUGCUUUCAAAGAAACCCCCUGGGUUUGUCCCGAUGGAGGAAAAAGGCGUGCCUACUUGAACAACUUCGGCGCUUCAGGUGGGAAUACUGGUCUCCUCCUGGAGGAUCGUCCAGCUCUUGUCCCAAUAGGGGGCAGAGAUCCCAGAACAAGUUUUGUUGUUUCGCUAAGUGCCAAAUCGACAUAUUCUCUGGACCAGAAUAUUAACCGACUCGCAACUUAUCUUGAAACGAACCCGGACACAUGUUUGCCAGCGCUGUCAUAUACAACCACUGCCAGGCGAAUUCACUAUCUACACCGUGUCUCUUACGCAGUGAGAAGCAUCCCGGAAAUAUUGAAAUCUUUAAGGUCAAUCCAGCCUAAGGCUAUCAAAUCUGAUCCGAUAAGCUCUGGCAAAAUCGCUUUUGCGUUCACUGGGCAAGGAUCGCAUUACGCAGGUCUCGGAAAAAAACUUUUCGAGGACUCACAGACCUUCCGAAAUGAUGUGAUGGAAUUCGACAGGAUUGGUCAGAGGCAGGGCUUCCCAACUUUCUUACCUCUCAUAGACGGAUCUGUGGAAGUCGGAUCACUCUCGCCAGUUGCACUCCAACUUGGACAAUCAUGCGUUCAGAUUGCACUUGCGCGGCUCUGGCAGUCUUGGGGUAUCACUCCAAAUAGCGUUAUUGGUCACAGCCUCGGAGAGUAUGCUGCACUAAACGUUGCUGGUGUCUUAUCUGUCAGUGACACAAUUUACCUCGUGGGACGAAGAGCUCAACUUCUCGAAGAGCUUUGCACCCCGGGUAGUCAUAAGAUGUUAGCCAUUGCGGCAUCUGUGAGCUUUGUUGUAGAGACUCUGGGUGAUAAGCACAUUGAAGUCGCAUGCAUCAAUGGCCCCAAUGAGACUGUCAUCAGCGGUUCCGCAGAGCAAAUGGAGAAUUUCUCGAAAAAGCUCAAGGCCACCAACAUCAAGUGCUCCUUGCUAUCGACAGCUUAUGCCUUCCAUUCAGCACAGAUCCAAGUCAUCGUUGAGCAAUACAGAAAAGCGGCAAGCUCAGUCAAUUUCGGAACUCCAAAUGUCCCGGUUAUCUCUCCUCUACUUGGGGACGUUGUAACUGACGGCAAUGUCUUUGGACCGGAUUAUCUGUGCCGUCAAGCUCGAGAAGCUGUGAACUUCAUGGGUGCCCUCAAAGUUGUCGAAUCAAAGGGACUUGUUGAUAACGUAAUCUGGCUUGAAAUUGGACCCGCACCUGUGUGCUCUACUUUCAUCAAAUCAUGUCUCGGAAGCAAGACAUUUACUGUGCCAUCGCUGCGCCAGCAAGAAGAUGUUUGGAAGACAUUGUCCGGCACCCUUAGCAACCUUUACUCCAAGGGACUUACAAUCGAAUGGGAAGAAGUCCAUCGUGAGUAUGAAGCCUCCCACACCGUGCUAGCUCUUCCGAGCUACCGCUUCGAGGAGAAAAACUAUUGGCUCGACUACAACAACAAUUGGUGUCUGACGAAAGGCCAAAAGCUUGUCGAGUCAGCCGCUCCAAAGCGUCGGGAACGUCAUUUGUCAACGCCAUCUGUACAGAAGUUAACCAAGGAAGACUUUGGAAAAACAAAGAUUACUGUUGUUGCCGAAUCAGAUCUGUCUGAUCCUGAUCUAAACCACGCAGUGACGGGUCAUUUGGUUAAUGGAUCAGCUCUUUGCCCAGCAGGUGUUUACGCCGAGUCGUCGUUGACUUUGGCGGGCUACAUUUACAACAAAAUCAAGAAGGUAGAAAACGUUGGCAUGGAUGUGCGUGCUCUGGAAAUCAUGAAACCCUUGAUCGCCAAAGGUCGUGAUCAAAAGGAGAAGCAAGUCUUCAGAAUAACUGCCACGGCCGACCAACCUCUGAAGCUAGUGAAGAUCAGUUAUAACAGCGUCUCUGCUGACGGCAGCUUGGGAGUGUUGCAUGCUACCUGUAAUGUUGAGUACGGAGACACCAAAAUCUGGCGUGCAGGAUGGUCGAGACUGGCAUAUCUGAUCCGAUCGCGGAUCAACGUUAUGAAUGAUGGUGUCAAAGAUCGCCAGUAUCAGAAACUCGACCGCAAAAGAGCUUACGAAGGUUUCUCGGGCUUCGUUGAGUACGACAAACAAUACCAUGGGAUGAAGGAAGUAGUCAUGGAUCAGAAGAACCUCGAAGCCACCUCAAAAUUGGAAUUCCAGCCGUCCAACGACUAUGGUGAAUUUGAGAUAGACCCUCGGUUCAUCGACAAUAUCUCCCAUCUUUCAGGAUUUAUUCUGAACGGAUCAGGCGCCACGGACACCAAAAAGCAAGUUUAUGUAUCUCACGGAUGGGAUCACCUACAAAUUGCUCAACCUCUAUCAAGCAGCAAGUCAUACAGGAAUUAUGUCAAGAUGCACGAAGUUCAGAAAGCGACCAUGGCGGGCGAUGUCUACAUUUUUGACGGAGAAGAGAUGGUUGCGCUUGUAGGAGGUGUGAAGUUCAAGGCGAUCCCCCGAGCUGUCAUCGAUCAACUCUUACCUCCUCUCAAGGGAGCCACAUCUCAAAUGGCUGCCAUCAAAGACAAGCCAGUCAAGGACUUAAAACCCCUCAGGAAGUCUUUGCCUCAACAGAAACCAAAGGCGGCUGUGACUAAAGCCAGCCAAGAGCUACAGGAUCGAGUGUCUGUGCUACAAAAGCAGAACAAAGCAAUAAUUGAUGAUUUCCUGGCUUUAAUAGGCGAGGAGUUAGGUGUGGAGCCGUCGGAGCUUCAAGAUGACACCGCGUUUGCUGAUCUUGGCCUGGACUCACUCAUGUCGCUCUCAAUCACUGGGCGUAUUCGCGAGGAACUUGGCUUGGAAGCUGUCCCGUCUUCGUUGUUCACUGAUUUCGCUACCAUCGGCCCGGUGAAAGCAGUAAUUAUGAAGCUUACGGACGGUUCUUUCGAUGAAACUACGACAGCUACCACAGAAGAAGAAGACCCGUCUACGGCAGAUGCAGAUGACACUGAGAUGGAUAAAGAGAUUCCUCUUGCAUCUACAAUCGCGGAUCCAUCUUUCAGCGAAUCUAUGGAUGGGUUGUUAGCCAUCGUCUGUGAAGAGUUAGGUAUGGACCUAGCGGAGCUGCUCGAGGUGCAGCACUUCGCUGAGGCUGGUGUUGACUCUUUGAUGUCACUUACUAUCACCGGGAGAGCUCGCGAAGAUUUGGAGAUGGACAUUUCGUCCUCGUUCUUCGUGAACUAUCCUACUGUCGACCAGGCAAGAUUAGCCAUUGCAUCUCUCAUGGGUAGUGGCGAUCAGACCGGAACUACCACACCAUACAGCGUCAGCGAUGAUGCUAAAUCAUCAACGAGCUCUUUGACUACAAGCUCGGUGAUUACAGCUAGCGCUCCGGUGCUCGACAGCAUUGCUAAGCCUGACUACGACUUGGAAGUACAAGACAUUAGUCGGUCGGAUCGACCUGCAACAUCAAUCGUACUGCAAGGGAGUCUUAAGACUGCUUCAAAGACUCUUUUCCUUCUACCUGACGGAUCAGGUUCGGCAACCUCAUAUGCUGCUCUUCCCAAAAUUUCACCAGAUCUAUGUGUCGUCGGUCUCAAUUGCCCUUUCAUGAAAAUUCCUUUCGAGUAUACAACCGGAAUCGAUGGUGUUGCGUCACUGUACCUUUCUGAAAUCAGGCGAAGACGACCCGAAGGUCCAUAUCUUCUCGGAGGAUGGUCUGCUGGCGGUGUGUUAGCGUAUGCCGUGGCAUGCCAACUGAUGGAAAUGGGAGAAGAGAUUGGGGCUCUCUUCUUGAUCGACUCGCCAUGCCCAAUCAAUCUGCAGCCACUACCAUCUGAGCUGCUACAUUUCGUCGACUCACUUGGAUUGCUGGGGGUUCAAGGAUCAGCGCCUGACUGGUUGAUCCCCCAUUUCGAGGCAUCAAUCAAGAACCUUGCUGAUUUCAUGCCAUAUCCCAUGGAUCCGGAAGAAGCACCAAGAACACAUAUCAUCUGGGCUCGCGACGGACUUGUCUCGGAAUCGGAUGAGAAGCAGUUUCCGAGAUCUAAUGCCGAGGCGAAGAGUGUCAAGUUCUUACUUGAUGGCAGACAGAGCCUCGGAACCUACGGAUGGGAGAAGUUGAUUGGCUCGGAAAACAUCAGCGUGGAUUUCAUAGAAGGCAAUCACUUCACGAUGAUACGCGAACCAAAC